ACCGGGCACAAGAAGAAGUUGAACGCCUACAUCGAGUUCUCUGAGCUGCUGGACCUGGGACCUUUCAUGGAAGACGGAGCCAGCGUCUUCGUCUACGAGCUCAGCGCCAUCCUCAUCCACCGAGGGGUCAGCGCCUACUCGGGCCACUACAUCGCCCACGUGAAGGACCCCCAAACCGGGGAGUGGUACCGGUUUAACGACGAGGAGAUCGAGAAGAUGGAGGGCAAGAAGCUGCAGCUGGGAGCGGAAGAGGACCUGGAACCCUCUAAGGCUCAGUCUCGGAGGUCCAAAUGCGGGAAGGGGAUUUACCGCUCCCGGAACGCCUACAUGCUGGUGUAUCGGUUGCAGUCGCGGGAGAAGUCCCUGGCUGUUGAACUCCCAGCUUUCCUGCAGGAGCUGGUGGAUGAGGACAACAGCAGGUUUGAGGAGUGGUGCCACGAAAUGGCCGAGAUGCAGAAGCAGAGCGUGGCGCGGGGCAAGGUCAAGCACGAAGAGGUGAAGGAGCUCUACCAGAAGUUGCCGGCCAAAGCUGGCUGCCCCUACGACUUUGUCUCCCUGGAAUGGCUGCAGCAGUGGCUGGAUGAAUCGACGUCCCCCAAGGCCAUUGACAACACGGCCUGCCUGUGCCCCCACGGCAGGCUGCACCCGGAUAAGAUCUCCACCGUCAAGCGGGUCUCGGAGGACGUGGCCGACUACUUCUACCAGAGAUACGGGGGAGGACCCAGGCUGACAGUGAAGGCCCUGUGCAAGGACUGCGUGGUGGAGAGGUGCCGGGUGCUGCGCCUGAAGAGCCGGCUGAGCGAGGACUACAAGGCCGUCUGCAACCUCCUCAAAGCAGCGGUCAAGGGGACUGACGGGUUUUGGGUGGGGAAGUCCUCCCUGCGGAGCUGGCGCCAGCUGGCCCUGGAUCAGCUGGACGACUCGGAUGAGGACGCCGAGCACAGCAACGGCAAGAUGAAUGGCGACGCCAAGGAGAGAGGUAGCGCUCUCUCUCUCUCUCUUUCUCUCUCUCCUU